GGCUAUCGAUGUGGGCUUACAAUAUCAAAGAAUGAGAUGGGAUCAUACAACUUUUUAUUUUUUGCUAAAUUUUAAGGAUUUGAAUAAUAUUAUCUGGAGAGCAGGUACAGUGAUGGAUGUGGCCUCCCUCACAUGGUUACUUCCUCAGCUAAGAUUGAACGCCUGAACUAGUUGAACAAGAGACAAUAUGCUCUUGAUUCGCGCUGUACGCUAAUUAAGUUUUACGAGGUUUCAAUCAGCUUCAUUUUGUCAACUCUCAGACAAUUACUCUCAACUCAACUGCUCAGUUCUCUUCACUGUUUUGGUGGCUUCUGCAGCUUAUCUUAGCAACAGAAAAUGCUCAGUAUUCUAACAUCACAGGGAUUCCCCAAGUCCAUUGCCAUGACGAUUCUUUCAGAAUUGGGAGAUCGGACGUUUUGUGUUGCUGCAAUCUUGGCAAUGCGGUAUCCAAGGAAGAGUGUCUUGUUAGGCUGCCUGGUUUCUGUGAUUGCUACGACUAUUAUCUCUGCUCUGCUUGGUUGGGCUGCACCAACUCUGCUCUCCGAGAAAUGGACACAUCAUAUCACAACCCUACUCUUCUUUGGCUUUGGUCUUCGUUCUUUGUGGGAAGGAUUCACAGAAGAUGAUGAUGACAAUGAAGAACUGGAAGAAGUUGAAAAGGAAUUGGAAAAGGACUUAAAGACAAGUGCUGCAAAAUCAAAAGCAAUUUCUAAGGAAGAUGAGAAUUUGAAGAAGCAACACAAGCCAUUUCUCACACGUUUCGUCUCGCCUGUUUUCUUGAAGGCAUUUUCCCUCACAUUUUUUGGAGAAUGGGGUGAUAAGAGUCAGCUAGCAACAAUUGGGUUGGCAGCAGAUGAGGACGUUUUCGGAGUUAUUAUGGGGGACAAGCAAUCUGCACAGUGGCAGCUGUUCUGGGUGGAAAGAGCUUGGCCUCAAGAAUAUCCGAGAGACUGGUCACAAUUUUGGGAGGAUUUCUCUUUCUGGCUUUUGGUGUUCAAUCUUUACUUUCCCCAAGUUAAGGACAUGUUCUAUAUCAAAUAAUUCUUGACACAGUUGUAUGCUUUAAUUCGCUCCAGAAACUAUGUUACUACAUUAUUCUCAAAAUUUUCAAGUUCAGUUUUAUUAUA